GACUGAUGGCGCGCUCGGCAGGGGCGGGCUGGAGGGAACCCGCAGCGCAUCUGGCGGGCACCGAGGUCAGGCCCGGAAGCAGCUCGGUUCGUCGCCGGAGCGGGUUGCCCGCAGGCCCCACCCCAGGGGAUGUGCAGUUUUCCUUCGGGUGGGGAGGGAAAGAACGGCGCAGAUGAGAAAAACAGGUUGCGGAGGGUAGUCUGGUGGAGCCACAGGUGGAACCGGGUCGGAGUCCCCGGCGCGCGCGCUCCGGGGCGGCCGCACCUGCGAGCCCUCCGAGACGCCGUAGCCCCGCCCCCUCCGCGCGUGGCGCCCAUGAUGCCAGGCGCGCGAACCGCUCGCCUUACAGAGGUCGCUCUUGUCCGAACGGUCGGCCUCUGCUGCGCCUGCGUGGUCGGGAGGGGAAGUGAGGCGGUUUCCUCGGCGCCUUUUCCGGCAGCGGCGGCGGCAGAUCUGGGAGGAGGAGGUGGAGGCCGGAGGGAGCCCGCGCUCGGGGCGGCGGCUGGAGGCAGCGCACCGAGUUACCGCGAGGAUCAAUGACCUGACGGGGCGCCGGAGCCGCGCUGCCUCUCGGUGUCCUGAGUCGGUGGUGAGCCGGGUGCUGGCGGGGCCGGAGGGCCGCAGUCUGCCGCGGCGGGGCGAGGAGAAGGCGGCGGAGCGGGAACCGCGGCGGCGCUCGCGCGGCGCCUGCGGGGGGAAGGGCAGUUCCGGGCCGGGCCGCGCCUCAGCAGGGCGGCGGCUCCUCUCCCGGCGCAGACUCAGGGCCCCGGCGGCCGCGGCGACCGGACGAGGCAAGUUGUGCGGCCGGUGAUGCCCGAGUGAGCGGCCGGCCCGGGCCUCUGCCCCCAGGAGGCGACUCCCACGCAGGCCGCACGGCGCCCUCGCGGCAGGGGGGCUUCGUUUCGGUUUCGCGGCGGCGGCGGCAGCGUUGUUGGCGGAGGGGAACCGGGACACCUGAAUGCCCCCGGCCCCGGCUACUCCGACGCGAUGGGGAAGGUGCUAUCGAAAAUCUUCGGGAACAAGGAAAUGCGGAUCCUCAUGUUGGGCCUGGACGCGGCCGGCAAGACAACAAUCCUGUACAAGUUGAAGCUGGGCCAGUCGGUGACCACCAUUCCUACCGUGGGUUUCAACGUGGAGACGGUGACUUACAAAAACGUGAAGUUCAACGUUUGGGAUGUGGGCGGCCAGGACAAGAUCCGGCCGCUGUGGCGGCACUACUACACCGGGACUCAGGGUCUGAUCUUCGUAGUUGACUGCGCCGACCGCGACCGCAUCGACGAGGCCCGCCAGGAGCUGCACCGCAUUAUCAAUGACCGGGAGAUGAGGGACGCCAUAAUCCUCAUCUUCGCCAACAAGCAGGACCUGCCUGAUGCCAUGAAACCCCACGAGAUCCAGGAGAAACUGGGCCUGACCCGGAUUCGGGACAGGAACUGGUAUGUGCAGCCCUCCUGUGCCACCUCAGGGGACGGACUCUAUGAGGGGCUCACAUGGUUAACCUCUAACUACAAAUCCUAAUGAGCAUUCUCCACCCAUCCCCUGGAAGGAGAGAAAUCAAAAACCCAUUCAUAGGAUUAUCGCCACCAUCACCUCUUUCAAUUGCCACUUUUCUUUUUUGAAUUUAAACUCUGGAGUUACUGUUCUACAGUUUGGGGGGGGUGGCUGGGGGUUUUCUUUUUUGUUUCUCUUUUUUCCUUUUUUCUUCUUUGCGUUAGGAUGCUCUGAUCUGACAUUUGAGAUAAACACAAAGUGCUAGAUGCUCUUGUUAACUUCCAGCAAAUGGGAUGGGGAAAUAUAGCAGUUCUUGGUAAAGUCCUUUGUAAUAAUGGUUUGAUUUUUUUAUUUUGAGAAAUCUUUUCUCCCCCAAUGUAUGCUUUUUCCUUUUUCCCCAGUUUCCUUAUCACUUGCUGUAGAUGGCUUAUUUUGCAUUCAUGCAGACUAUGUUGCAAGUCUGUUUCAUCUAGUAAACUGAAAAUUAUUGCUUAAUCAAACUGCCGUUUGUCUUUUAUAUUUAAGGCCUUUCCCCCUUAUGAUCUAACUUUAACUUAGUAAUUUCAAAUGUGACCUUUUAUAUCUAAGACCAGUACAGUAAACUCAGCCCACAGUGGCAAAUAAUGAGUAAUAUCAAUUGUAAUUUGUUCCAGUUGCACAUCAGUAUGUUAAACAGGUAAUGUAAGAAGUUCUUUACAAUGUCAGCAAUUUAAGUUCUGAAACGUAACAUCAUGCAUGAGUAGGAAUAAACCCAAGUUCCCCCUAACAUAGCUAACUUAAAUGCUGCAUUAUUCUGCAUCAAAAUACGAAAAUGUGUAACCCAUCAAGGGCACAGAUUUUUUUCACUGCAAAGUUAGUCACUUUGCUGUUUUUCCUCCUUUUUAACUUUAAAACUAGAUUCUAUCCAGAAAUUGGAGCAAUAAUGGUGUAUGCAUCACACUCAGAUGAAAUAUUUGUAGAUAUUUUAAGUGACUUUUGGGCAAAACUGGAAUGUAUACUUCUACCUUGUUUCAAAUGUCUAAGACCAGUUUUAAAAUUACUAAAACAUUUAUUUUGUUCUUUAAUAAAGCAUUAGCAUUUAAGAAUUCAAAUUAUAUGCACCUUUUGCCUAGUUGAAAAAAUACACAUUCCUGUUUUCACAUUAUAGCAACUGAUUAAGCUGAAGAUCCAAGUCAUUUUUCAUAGAUGAGUGAUCCACAUCUCCAUUAAUUAGAACACUGGAAAAGAUAUUUUAUAAAAGGUAUUUAAUUUUGUUUGAUUAUAGGAUUAACUCAUGCAAAUAGAUACCCUGUUGGUUCAACAGUACACUGUCUCCUUUAAAGAAGGAAAUGUGAUGAAUGAAUGAUAUGUAUAUUUGAGGGAUGACAAAGGGGAAGUAGGAUGAAGAGAACCUACAGAUGACAAUGAAUGUAAACUUACUUUUCUUCAAGGGUAAGCAGUGUGCUCACUGGUGAUAAUCCAGUUCCUAACAAGAUUAUGUGGUUAGCUGGUUAGGACCAGUAACUAGAUGGAGACCACUAUGAUAAUAUUUGGAACCAAAUGUUAAUGCUUGAUACAGAAUUGUAAAGCAGCAUCUGGUUCUUAUAUAGCCUUAAGGAUUAAUUUUAGCGAUCCUCAAGGAAUUAAACUUAGGGAAUUUCAGAAAUGUAGACUGCAAAGGCAGUAUACAGGAGAAGGUGGAGUGGGCUGUGUUUAUGAGGGUGUCUGAAAACUAAAAUUGAGCGGGCUAUCAUGGUAUAGUUGGACAGUAAUGGUCCUUCAAGCUUUGGCCAUAUUGUAUAAUGGAGCUUUUACCAAAGAUGUAUGAGACGCAUAAGGCUAUUAAAAAUGAACUAUUCAAAGUAAAACUCUUGACAAACAUUCUACUUAAAGCAGAUGAGACAAGGUGCUAAUGUUGUAGGCUCCUGCUGGUGCAGAGGGAUUUUUGAUUUCAAAAUGCAACUAAAGUAUGAAUUUCUGUUUCACUUCAGUGGAUGUAUCUCUAAAAAUGAGGCUGAUAAACACAGGUAAAGAACAUUUUGGUUGCUUUUUAAAAUUCCCAAAGCUCCACCAUAAAUGUAAUUCUUAGUGUUUUAAAUGAUACAUGUUAAGGUACAUAAACAUGGAUUAUCCAAAUAUCAAUGCUGUAGUAACAUCCUGAAACAAAACAAGCACAAAGGUAUAAAUGCCUAAACUGGAGGAAACUUGAAACCCUCAUGUUAAUUCUUAAAUGUAGUAUUUCUAACUUGUGAAGACAGAUUGGUAGGCAGCCAUUUUUUUUUGUCUUAAAGUAACUGGAGGCAUAAUUAAAAUUUUAUACAUCAAGUGAUUGCUAUUAUUGAAUGUUGCAGGUGAGAUGUGGUUAUUUUAGUUUUAUUUGAACUGUCUGAAAAGGGGGGUGGGGGAAGCAAAUAUUUGAAAUUUGGAAAACCCUUAACCUUUUGGUAAGAAAUUGUAAUUUAAUUUUCAUACAUUUUCUUUAAAGGUAUAAAAAGUUUAUAAUUUAUGUAGUUAAAUUGAACCACAACCGGGAUUAUGAAGCAGGUAAUUAUUAUACCUUGCAAAAAAAUUAAUCUAAAUUGAAAAGAUCUUGAAAUUUUUGUUUAAUUGCAUCAAUUUCUGUAUUUAUGUGAAUUUAUAAACUGCAGUAAGUUUUGAAUGAGGUUAAUCUUGUUUAACAUGAGUCUGUAGACUGUGAUCUCCCCAAACUUAAAAAGUACAGUACUUGGAAUUGUGUUCUUUAUGGUUGUAGUGUUGGUAAAGCACUAAUGCAGAAAAUAAAGGAAUUACACAGUGCA